AUGAAGUCUGCCGGAGCUGGUGAUGAAGGACUCUUCACGGAGAGCUACUGUAACAUCUGCAACGCUCAGCUGAUCUCUGAGUCCCAGCGCGUUGCACACUAUGAGAGCAAGAAACAUGCCAACAAAGUGCGUCUGUUCUACAUGCUCCACCCAGAAGAUGGAGGUCCACCAUCCAAAAGACUGAGACCAGACAAUCCGGACAGUGCAGAGAAUGAGGUGGACAGAAAUAAAUGCUGUACGCUCUGCAACAUGUUCUUCACAUCUGCCAUUGUGGCUCAGUCACACUACCAGGGCAAAACACACGCUAAGAGAGUUCGCUUGGUACUGGGGGAGACGCCAAGUCUGCCUACACCCACAGAGUCAGCCCCGCCCACCCCUCAGAACACAGACCCGCCCCCUCCUUCGUGGCAGCCGCUAGCCAAUCACGGCGAGGCUGGCAAGUACUGCUGCUUGUGUGGCGCUUGGUUUAACAACCCACUGAUGGCACAGCAACAUUACGAAGGCAAGAAACACAAGAGAAAUGCAGCACGGGCGCGACUUCUGGAGCAGCUGGCUGGCAGUCUGGAUGCCAAUGAAAGCACAGGACUGCGCCGGAGUUACUCGUGCAGUGUUUGUAACGUAGUGCUGAACUCCAUCGAGCAGUAUCACGCACAUCUCCAGGGCUCCAAACACCAAAACAACUUAAAACAACAUCAGCAAUGAAGAACUGGAAAUACUGAAGCUGAAGAGGAAAAACAAACACAAACUAAUUGUGACGUCUUGUUUGGCCACAGGAAUUGUUCACCUACAACACCUGAGGAUCCUCAAAUGUCAAGUGUUUUAUAUUUUUGUGGUCACAAUCAAAAGCUCAAAGUUCAAUCUACUUUGGGAAUAUCGUCCAUCCUUCCAUGAGCAUAAAGGUUGCCUAUGAUCAGUCCAGUGAUAUUCAUCAUGUAACAUGAGUGCACCAGCCUGAGCAGACAUGCAGUGGUCCUGCUACUUUUAUUUUUGCCUUUCAAACUCUUGAAUGCAGUGGCCUGUCUUUUUCUCUGCUCUUCAAGCGAGACAUCGCUGAUUUGGUUGUUGACUUUGGCAUGCCUGUGACAGAACGAGAUCAUCAACCUUUUUCCAGUGAUUUUGUUGAGUACGUGUGUGGGAAUGCUGCCAGUGAGGAAUCAAUUCAACUGCCUUUGAGUGAGAUCUCUCUCAGCUGUGGUCAAAACAAUAUUUCAGCACUAAGUUUCAGCACUGUUACCACAGACCCAACACACAUCCUGUUUAUUCACACCACAGUCAGUGUUGCAUAGGACAGAACAUUCCUAUAGAGCUGUGAUGCUGCUUAACCACUGAUGUCAAAUGGAAUAUGCCAUCAAUAUAAAGGAGUCCAGAUGCAAAGAGUUGGCAUUUUUCACCCUGACUCAAUCAUGGAUGAUUCACAUGGACGUAAAUGUGUGAACCAGGCUCUGAGCUUUAUCUAAAUCUAUGCCAAAAUGACUGCCUGUAAAACCAGAGCUCAGUGCCUGCUGUUUUAAGAAUGGAAGCUCUCUUUUAUUUAUUUUUAUUUUUAUUAAUUUUUUUUGCUUUUCUGAUGUGGCAUAAGUGGUGUUUUUCUUUUUAUCGUAGAAUAAAUGGUAGCUACUAAACUAAAACUAAAACAUACGUGAGGCCUCAUUUAUGUUAAACACAUUUCCUAAAUGUUCCUAUGAUUCCUAAAACAGUUCACAAAUCCACCCUGCUUUAUUUUGGCAUCCUACAAAAAUCCCACAAAUAUCCUUAUUAGUAGGAGACUGUUUAGAUUCCUAAAUUAUCCCUGUUUACAUGCACAUCACAAUUUGAAUCAAAAUCAUAUUUUCCCAAAUAUCUCUUGUUAUUUUUCAGUAGGUUUUUGAAUCUUUUUUUCUGGAAGCAGAUAAAAAAAAUAUAAUAAUUAGCAUUUGUCAUUUAUAUUAGAAUAUUAAUGUAAAUGUAAACGUUCUCACUAAUUAAUUUAUUCAGGCAGUAACUCAUUUGCAUCACUUAAAGUCAUCUGAAAAUUCAGUGCGAAAAAAAAAGAAGACUUUUUUUCACAUUCGUUUCUGCCUUUAUAUAUGUCAGUUUGUUCAUCACGUUAAUUCAUUUAGUAUCAAGCAUGUGUAUAUUAUAAAUGAGGCCUUGGUCAGAAAAGUGUGACUUAUGCAAAUCAGAGUAUUACAGUAGCGACCAAGCCAGAUGUUUUAACAUGGUAUGGUAAAGUAAUGCAAAAAUAUAUACAUAUAUUUUGUAAAUAAUCGAUAUACACAACAAUAUUGUUUAGUUUCACCCUUCAACUGCUAGUCCAGGAUGAUUAUUGUGAAGUAUCUAUUGACAAGGUUUUUGUGUGCUGUUUUCUGAUCAAUAUGUGGUUGAGCUGAAAUCCUGAACACUCUUGGGCUUUUACAAAACAUGAAGACACAACAUUUAAGUCUAACCCCAAGGAUGUCUCUGUUGAAAGAAGUAACAUGUCAUUUACAGCAAGCUAGACUACUGAAUGGCUGUUAUUUGUAUGUGAUGUCUUGGUUUCCAGUAAAAAUGUCUAAACAUCCUUACAAGAUGAAUUUACUUGGAAAGCAACUUUUGAUGUGGUAUUUACUGGAAAACAAGAUAAAAAUAUUGUUUGCAGUGCUGUUGGGUACAGUGUAAAAUGACUCAGGAUUACAGGAACCAGUUUGAACAUGGUUUUGCGAAUAAUACCUGAAAGCUACUUCAGAAACACAAAGAAUCAGUACAAAGGACAUAACAGACACAAACGUGUGAUUCAUUUGAUGUGAAGUGUGGAGUGGCGCAGAUCUUUGAGAACUAACUCAGGCUGUUAAGAUGUAUCACUUUGUAUCAGUUCUUGUUUCACCUCAUCUAAGUCUUUCGCAUUUUUCUGAUCGUGUAAAGUCAAAUAUCAGUCUUGGCGUCCAUGAAAUUAAAUGCAAUUUCAACUACAAAUGGAUUUCAAAAUAUUUUAUGGUCAAUAUAUGCUGUGGACUAGAAAUGAUAUAUUUAUUAUGAAAAAAAUAUAUAUUAAAUGCAAACUAUGAAAGCAUAUGUAUGUAAAUUGAAAGAGUUGUGAGUUUCCUGUGAAAAAGUGAGAAAUUAAGUCUGUACUGUGCACAUUUGUAAAUACACUUGAUAAUGAUUAUUUUCACUUUCAAACUAUAAAU